CAGCGGCGCCUCUUGACAGCCGCCGCAGCCUCCGCGGCUCCCUCUUCGCUCGCUGCGCUUUUGCACCUGGGGAGGGUCGCCGCCCUUGCAGGAGCCGCCGCCGCCGCCGCCGCCAUGCGGGAGACGCUGUUCAAGGACCACUUCUGGACUACGGAUUUGAUAAGCACAGUUGGAUAUGACAGUAUCAUACAACACUUGAACGACGGCAGGAAGAACUGCAAAGAAUUUGAAGACUUCUUGAAGGAAAGAGCUACUAUAGAAGAAAAAUAUGGGAAAGACCUUAUCAGUUUGUCAAGGAAGAAACCCUGUGGGCAGACGGAGUUGAACACCCUGAAAAGAGCCCUCGAUGUUUUUAAGCAACAGGUAGACAGUGUUGGCCAGGGCCACAUCCAGCUGGCCCAAACACUACGGGAAGAAGCAAGGAAAAUGGAGGAUUUCAGGGAGAAGCAAAAGUUCCACCGUAAAAAGAUUGAAGUUAUAAUGGAUGCGAUUCAUAAAAACCGGAAUUUGCAAUUCAAGAAAACCCUGGACGCAAAGAGACUCUAUGAGCAGCGGUGCAGGGAUAAGGACGAGGCAGAGCAGGCAGUGCACCGGAGCGCCAACCUGGUCACGCAGAAGCAGCAGGAAAAGCUGUUUGUAAAGUUGGCUCAGACGAAGACAGCCUUGGAGGAUUCCGACAGGGUGUAUCAGACGAACAUUGGCGCUCUUGAGAAGAUCAGGGAAGAAUGGCAGAAUGAGCACGUCAAGGCUUGUGAGUUCUUCGAGAGCCAAGAGUGCGAGCGGAUCAACUAUUUCCGGAAUGCCCUGUGGCUUCACGUCAACCAGCUCUCUCAGGCGUGUGUCAAGAACGAUGAGAACUAUGAGGAAAUCCGCAAGAGCUUGGAACACUGCAGUAUUGAAAAGGACAUUGAGUGUUUUGUACACGUCCGGAAAACGGGCAACCUCCCCCCAACUCCGGUACUCUAUGAAAACUACUAUAACUCUCAGAAGAAUGCCGUUUCAGGAAGAAAUCCUGCCCCAGCGCCAGCAAGGAGGCCACCCUUACCCAUCCCUUCCAGUGGGCAAUUCGAACCUGAAUACUCUACUGUCGAUGGCUACAGUUUAAUACAGCCUCACUAGCCUGCGGGAGAAUAUCGUGAAGCCUUUUCCUUCAUCUUUACUUCCAUGAGUGGAGCGGGGAGGAAGAGGAGUUAUUUACACAGUAUAUCAGAAGCUAUUCUGCUGCCGUCACCACCACAACCACCACAGCAACUGUGGUUUGUCUCUGCUGGAUCUAGUCUUUGGAAAAGUAAGACUACCUAAAAAAAGACUAUUUUUGCACAAUGGAGGAUGUGCACGAAGCUGGAGAGGAACAACCACCUAUGACUUGCUGGUAACAAGCUCCACAGACUGAAGUUUUAACUCUUCAUUCCAAGGAGGGCGGGGGCGGAAAUCUUUAAGCACAACAGUUUAUGAGAGGUCAUGCCACGAUUGUUGGGUUUGGAUAUGGGAAUCACAAGUUCAAAUCCACAUGUGGUUAUGAAACUCCUCAGGCAGAUCACUCUCUCUCUCUCUUUCUCUGUCUGACCUACCUCACAGGGGUGUUGUGAGGGUGAAAUGAAAUAACUCUUAUGUAUGCUGUUCUGAAUUCUUGGAAGAGACGUGUGUGAUACUAGUGUGCCAACUAAUGAUUCUGGGGUGGGGGAAGGCAAAGGGGACACACAUUGAGAGGGAGAUGGCUUUAAUUUUUGGUGUUGGCACACGUCUUGCCAAGUCCGGAGCCUUCAUACUGGAUGAAGGACUUCAAAUGAUUUUAAGCAAAAAUAUUAAUAAUAACCAUAAUACUUUAAGAAUGUGUGGAAAUCCAAGCAGAGGGUAAUUCAUAUUCUACAUUACUAUAUGGACUUCACUGGUGCAGAGCACAGUUUACUGAGAACCUUUUCAUUAAAAAGAAGGCAAGUUACUAGUCCUCAUGGCUAAGUGAGAAGCUAGAUAAGAUGUGUAUGCUGCCUGCCAAGCAAGUUCUGGAAACCAGAGGAAGACAUACAGCUGGAUUUUCUAAAAAGCUGCCUGGCAUUUUGUCAUGGCUUUUUAACCCUAACUUUUAUGUCCCAUUCCACACUUAGUACACACCUCCCUGAGCACAAGGAUCUGUAUUUAAAGAAUCUUCUUUACAUAGCAAAAGAAAUGGAGAAUAUGUCCAUAUGAGGCUGCUACUAAUCAUCUCACUGAUGGGGUUAGUUGGACUUAACAGUAACAGACGUUGGGAGGAGAGCUGGUCUUAUGAAAGUAAAGUGUGCCGUUGAGUCUAUGUUGACUCCUGGCGACUACAAAGCCCUGUGGUUGUCUUUGGUAGAAUACAGGAGGGGUUUACCAUUGUCUCCUCCCUCACAGUAUGAGAUGAUGCCUUUCAGCAUCUUCAUAUAUCUCUGCUGCCCGAUAUAGGUGUUCCCCAUAGUCUGGGAAAGAUACCAGCAGGGAUUUGAACCGGCAACCUCUGGCUUGCUAGUCAAGUCAUUUCCCUGCUGCGCCAUUAGGUGGUAGCAAACAUGAAUUGUCCGCUUUGCUAAGCAGGUUGGCAUUUGCAUUGGAGAUGUGUGAGCACUGUAAGAUAUUCCCCUUAAGGGAUGGAGCUGCUCUGGAAAGAGCAUCUGCAUGCUUUCAUGCAGAAGGUUCCAAAUUCCAUUCCUGGCAUCUCCAAAAUAAGGCUGAGGGAGAUUACUGCCUGCAACCUUGGAGAAGCCACUGCCAGCCUGUGUAGACAAUACUGAGCUAGAUGGGCCAAUGGCCUGACUCAGUAUAUGUCAGCAUCCUAUGUUCCUAUGAUCCAGUUGCACAGAAUUCCACUGGUGUAGUGGAAUGCAGUGCCUGUAGUGGAGUGCAGUGGGCUGAUAUGGAAAGAAAAGAAAGGUUGGCUGGCAAAUAAGAAUAUACCAUGAUUCCCACCUAACCCACUAAUUUUUCCUGCUAUAUAAAUUGCCUUGAGAAAUUUUUUGUCUCAAGACAUUGUUGAGCUACAACUCCCAUUUUCUCCAGACACAGUUUAUUGCGGCUGGGAAGAAUGGGAGUUGUAGUUCAGCAUCUGGGGAUCCAAGGUUGCCUACCCCGGGAGACUAGCAAUCUACAUGCUUAGAUUAAUACAGUCUUAGAACAUAAGAACAGCCCUGCUGGAUCAGGCCCAAGGCCCAUCUAGUCCAGCAUCCCGUUUCGCACAGUGGCCCACCAGAUGCCGCUGGAAGCCACAGGCAGGAGUUGAGGGCGUGCCUUCUCUCCUGCUGUUACUCCCCUGCAACUGGUACUCAGAGGCAUCCUGCCUUUAAGGUUGGAGGUGGCCUAUAGCCCUCUGACUAGUAGCCGUUGAUAGACCUCUCCUCCAUGAAGUUAUCCAUACCCCUCUUAAAGAUUGUUGGCUGUCACCACAUCUUGUGGCAGAGAAUUAUGCCACAAGUUGAUUAUGCGUUGUGUGAAAAAAGUACUUCCGUUUGUUGGUCCCAGAUUUCCUGGCAAUCAAUUUCAUGGGAUGACCCCUGGUUCUAGUGUUAUGUGAGAGGGAGAAGAAUUUCUCUCUAUCCACUUUCUCCCCAUCAUUCAUGAUUUUAUAAACCUCUAUUAUGUCUCCCCGCAGUCAUCUUUUUUCCAAACUAAAUAGCCCCAGGUGUUGUGUCUUUGGCACAGGAUCCGGUAACUGCCAUGCAAUCCAGAGAAUCUUGGCUUCUGCUUCUUUUUAAAAAGAGCAACUUUCUAGACCUUAUGAAUGUGGAGGGGAAAUGGCCCAAAACUAGUUUUUGUCAAAAGUUUAGAAAUUUGAAGAGAUUAUUAUGGUCUGGUUCAAUUUUCCAGCCGCUUGAUAACAGCGGUAUUUAGCACUGUUCAUCUCCUUUGCAGUCUCUUGACUCUUUUCCUCUACACUGCUGUUUAUAUCCCAAAUUAUGACACAAACAUUCCAGAAUUUGUAAGAAGAGGUGAAAAAAAAUUAUACUAUAAACAUACUAAAUCCUUAUGCAAUCAUGCACAAGCUUGCUCCAAUUGUGGAAUUUCAUUUUCCGAUUCCAGACUGCCCAUCUUUUCCUUAGUUAGAUGUACUGUUUACAUCUGCGUUUGCAGAAAAUGAACGAGUCUGACUGUAAAUGAUACAACUUUUGACAUAGAAAGAGUGAGUGAUUAGUUACUUGGGAGCCUAUGGUUGCUAAAAAAAGAAAAGAAAAGACUGUUGUUUGCCUGCAGUUCAACUACAUAAAGGUUUCUGUUCACAUCAGCAUUCUGCCUGGCUGCUGCAGGAUCAGUGCGAGGGUUUGGGAAAUCUUCAUUGAUGGAUUUCAAUAGAGUUGCUCUAGGAAAAAGUAGCUGAGACUUUUCACAGGGGGCUUCCUGGCUUUCGGGUUGACCACUGAAAGGGAAGGCAGACAUUGACAGCAAAAGAAGUGCCACAGGGUGGGAGAAGUGGAUCCUCCAGAGGCUGGAUUCUCCGGUGUCUCAUUGGUUGGUGUCCGCCCCCUCCUUUAAAUGUUUGAUUUGUUCUUUGUUCAGUGAAAGAGCUGAUGUUUGAAUAAAAUGUUGAGUGAGAAGUCCAUA